AUCGAGGGUUGCAUGUAAUGGUCAGCCACAGUUGAUUAACCCGUGGGAAGCACGAAGUGGAUACUAGAGGUUCAGACACGCUUAAGCCUUCUGCUUUCACCGUUGGACAUACGAUAUUCGAAUGUACACGAGGAGCUGUUUCUUGUUAUCAUCCACAUGCAGCAAACGUGGAGCGAUGUUACACGGAGCAGAUCUCACAUAAUGUGCACCGAAGAGCACAGGAUGUGCAACUGUCUUGAAACUUCUGGAGCUUCUUUUUGUUUUAGAAGCUCACUGUUGCUAACCUCGACGCCAGAAGAUGAAGACAAGUGUCCGAAGAACACAUACGUUAACGUCCUGCGCAUCCUCGUGCGCAGUUUGAAGUUCUGAAGUAAUCUGUUCGAACUACAAAUCUGCCACAGUAUUCCCGCUCU